ACAUACAUUGCCAAAAGUAUUUGGACACCCCUCCAAAUCAUUGGAUUCAGGAGUUCCAAACACCUCCAUGGCCACAGGUGUAUACAGACUGCUUCUACAAAUAUUUGUAAAAGAAUGGGUCACUCUCAGGACCUCAGUGAAUUCAAGCAUGGUACCAUGAUAGGUUGCCACCUGUGCAAUAAGUCCAUCUGUGAAAUUUCCUUCCUUCUAAAUAUUCCACAGUCAACUGUUCGGGGUAUUAUAACAAAGUGGAAGCAACUGAAAACAACAGCAACUCAGCCACGAAGUGGUAGGCUACGUAAAACGACAGAGCGGGGUCAGCACAUCCUGAAGCGCAUAGUGCUCAGAAGUCGCCAACUGUCUGCAGAGUCAAUAGCUAAAGACCUUCAAACUUCAUGUGGCCUUCAAAUUAGCACAACAGCAUGUAGAGAGCUUCAUGGAAUGUGUUUCCAUGGCUGAGCAUCUGCAUCCAAACCUUAUAUCACCCAGUGCAAUGCAAAGUGUUGGAUGCAGUGGUGUAAAGCACGCCACCACUGGACUCUAGAGCAGUGGAAACGUGUUCUCUGGAGUGACGAAUCACGCUUCUCUCUCUGCCAAUCAGAUGGACGUGUCUGGGUUUAGCGGUUGCUAGGAGAACGGUACUUGCCUGAUUG